AUGAGUGCAACUUUUACAGGCGAGUUUUUGAUAGCGCUACGAAAAGCGCCUUCCAAGCGCACUCAGCAAGAUAUUCAAACAUUACAGAAGACCUUCAAGACGUUAUCAUCGCUAAAGUCUCGCCCGGAUUCUGAAUUGUUAAAAUACUCGACGAAGGCGCGUUACGAAUAUUAUCCUCCCAACUCUAUUCUAUUCAAAAAAGGUGACGAGUACACCUCCUGGUUCAUCCUCCUAUCCGGCGCGGUUUUCUCCACUGGUUCCGUUUUCUAUCCACCUGCAUGUUUCGGACAGGAGCCACCCGCUGGCGGCAGUUCGAAGCGUCCCUCCCAGUGCUACACAGUGGAGCCCUCGGAGUUGAUCGUCAUCGAUACUGAGCGGGCGCGUAGAAAGUCAUCGACGACGUCGGUGACGCCAACAUUGAGUCCUAGCCGCCCUCAUGUUCGAGUCAGAAGCUCGAUUGCGUCUAAUGACUCGCCAUCUCACUCAGUAGACUAUUACUCCUACAAUUUGAACUUCGAAGACAAUGGCGACUCAGACGGAGAGGAAGGCUCACUUCCCAACUCGUUGCGCUCCUCUUGUCCGAGUCUGCUCAUAAAAGAUCAGGCGCUGGACGCGCUCGAGAAGCAAAAAGAUGAGCGAACGGAGGAGGAAAUUGACAUGCUCCAUGAGUUUUUGCAAGUGUUGCCGGCGUUCAACAACCUUACUGGACCGGUGAGGCGGGAGCUGUGCCGACACAUGGUCUACGUCUCCGUAGAGGAGAAGGGACAGACAGUUCUAGGGGACGGAGAAGAGCUAGACUCGUGGGCUGUUCUGUUGUCCGGUAAAGUAGAGCUUCGUCAUCUCGAUGGGCGAAAAGAACUGCUUGAAGUUGGCAAGUCCUUCGGCGUCACACCUUCCCUUGAGAAACAGUAUCAUAGGGGAACUCUUGUUUCUCUUGAGCCGGACGCCCAAUUCGUCUGCAUCGAGCAAGCACAGUACUACGACAUUCUUCACCGCGGCCGGGAGAAUAUGAUCGACGUCCUUGAUCAAGUCACUGGCGAAGUCUGUCUCGUGAAAGAAAAACGAAUGGACGGUCCUGUUGCAAUUCGUGGCACGCCAAAAGCGCUGUUGACCUAUCUCCUCGAGCACGAUUCCAAAGCGGACAAGUUCUUUAUUGAGGACUUUUUGCUCAUGUCGCGCAUCUUUCUCCAGAGCCUCUCGCAAAUUGGAGACACGCUAUUACAGUGGUUCGAGCAGCCAAGCUACAGGCGAAACGUUACUCGCGUCGUCUCACUCUGGGUGAACGAGCAUUUCUGCGAUUUCGACACCAACCGAGAGCUGCUUACAUUCCUCGAGAGCUUCGAGCGACGACUGGAAGAAGAAAAUCUCCCUCAAGAGCGUGAUCUGCUGCAUUUGGUUUGCGAAAGCAAGCCUCGAGAGCGUGUAAUCAAAAUGGUGCGAAAAGAUGUUGAAGGAGAGCUCUUCUUCAAAGUAAUGGGGGGCGCAGAAAAGGGCUAUCCUUUGUAUGUAAGCUCUGUGGACGCUGGAAGCCCGGCGGACUCAGCCGGACUUAAACGAGGCGACAUGAUCCUGGCGAUGAACGAUCGAAACUUCGAAACGAUGAGCUACGAGAUCGCAAUGAAAACGAUGAAGCGGCAUACGGACAUGACAUUUUCCGUGAGGACGAAUCUGUUCGGUUUCAAGAAAAUGGCGGCCGAGAUCAAGCAUCAAAAAUCGACGCCAAAAAUAAUGAGUUCAGUCAAGGAGCCAAAAGUGAAGAAAACAUCCAAGAGCCUCUCGAGCUGGAAUAUUUUUGGAACGAAGAAAAAUCAAAAAGAAAAACCUUCCAUUUUACCUAACCCGCCGAAAUUCAACAAAAGCGCUCAUGGCUCCAUUGACUCGCGCGAUCCUGAGGCUGAUCAGGACUUUCAAGGAAAUCUAUUUAUGAAAAUGCUUCUCCCGAAGGAUUUGCCGGACGUUGAGGCAAUCAAAAUCUUUCGCUCUGAUCAAACAUACAAGUACUUAUCCAUCACAAAAGAGACGACAGCUAAAGAAGUUGUUCGCAUGGCACUCCGAGAAUUCGGCUACGCAGAGGAUGAAAUACAAGGGCUCACAUCAGACAAUGAGCCACAGUACUCUCUCUCGAAAGUCUCCUGCCAGGAUGUUUCGAUCAAGCAGUCGCGCUUCCCGGACCAAGUUGCCGAUCUUUCAUCAAAAAUCAGCCUCAAUGAGCGAUACUACCUCAAAGCCCUCAAAGAAACUGCUCCACUUGUUCCGGAUUACCUAGCCCCAGAAUUGGUGAAAGAAUCCCACAUAUCCUUCCUUGACCUAUCGACCUACGAGCUCGCUUUUCAACUAACAAUACGCGAUUACAACAUUUUCCGGAACGUACUACCUACCGACUACGUCAACGACAUUUUUCAUCGCAUCGGCGGCCAGAAAGACCCCUCUCAUAUCAAGGAGAUGAACAGCUUGGAAGCGCUGGUGAACGAGGAAAUGUUUUGGGUGGUGCACGAAGUGCUCCAAGAAACCAAUCUCCACCGCCGCGCCAACAGUCUCAAACAGUUCAUUCAAACUUGCAUUCACCUAAAAGAACUUAAAAACUACAAUUCUCUCUUCGCAAUCAUUUCCGGGCUUGAUCAUACGGCCGUCGCGCGUCUCAAGCAAACCUGGACCGCUGUCAGUCCCAAAAAUCGCAAGAAAUUCGAAGAACUCAAGGCCUUGAUGGAACCUUCGCGUAACUUCUCAACCUAUCGCUCGCUGAAGCAGAAGAACGAAGUUCCGCCCCUCAUCCCUUUUGUACCUGUUGUCAAAAAGGACUUGACUUUCAUCCAUUUGGGAAACGAUACCAAGGUUGAAGGCUUGAUCAACUUUGAGAAGAUGAGAGAUUUUGCCCGCGAAAUCCGCACUCUUCGAAAGUACUGCGAACCCAUGGCAUUUCACUCUAGUUACAGUCAAAAGAACGACUCUGCUCUGAGUCAAGGAACGACGCUAUCUCGCAAGACAAACCAGAGCAGGAUGCUCAAUCCAGAAAAGCUCUAUAAAGAAAAAGCGGCCGAGCGAAAGGUCAAACAGUACUUGGAAGCUCACUGGUCAAAAAUCAUCAAGGAUGAAGACUCUUUGAUGGCUGUAUCGAAAAAUCUCGAGCCUCCCCCUGCACCGGCAUCUACAACGAGUUCACGAAAGUCUACUGGUGAUAAUUUAUCCGUGAGCUCUUCACCAGGCAUCUCAAUCCGCCACAAGUCAGCGUUAAAGCAGCAACAACCGUCCUCGACGCAUUCUAGAGGCAACAGCGAGCCAGUUCUUCUCAGCCCAAUGAUAUCUGUGACCAAAGGGAACAACAGAAAAAUGGUGCCAGUCACAGAGCUUCCUAAAUUCGGCGCCGAUAGCAGCCGCAACUACAAUAAACUGAUGUCCCUGGCUGAGCCCCCUGUCGGGACCAAUGUGUCACGCUACGGCGGGGACAGACGGCGCUAUCGCUCUGGACAGUCGGACUCUUCCGCCAAUACCAAUUCCACAAGCUACACCAAUAACUCCGCGCCUGUAAUUUCCUCUCGAGUUGUUCUCGCUAAACCACCCCUGCCUCCCUCAAAAGAAACAAGCCACAAAGUCAAAAGUUCUGAAGCAAAACUUCGUGAAAGUUCAUCGAAGCAAGGCUCGAGGCCAGUCUCGGAGCACAUCAAGAGUCUGACCCUCUCGUCGAAAGAGCGAAAACGCCAGCGUUCUGUUGAUCAGUCACGUGAAAGUGACGUGACGCUUAUCUCAACGAAGCCCUUGAGCGGCAGCAAUCGCUCUAACCAUCGUUCAACGCCCGAUUUGUUCCAAGCUCCUAUCAACCCCAUUUACCAGCCGGCGCAGUCGCGCGAUGCCACCUUUGUUACCAAAAUCUGA